UAAGAAGCAGGGCGACUGGGCUAAAGGACCUCCAGAUUGGGAUUGGGAUUGGGAUUGGAGGGCAGUGCACAGGCUGGACUGGAUUACUGCUGCACUAUUUGAGGCACUCGACUGACUGUAAGAAGCUGAAAUUUGUUUGGAGUGGGACCUGUGGAUGCUGCAACUGGAUCUAGAAUUGAACCCUGAACAUUAGAUUUACAAAGUCGGUGCAAGCGGGACACUACACUGGGACCACUGCUGAUGGGAGACUGGUGGUGGAUCCUCUCUGCAAGCAGAAGUUCUCACUGUGCCUGAUGACCUCAGCCCAGAGGAGAGACAAGAGCUGGAGAGCAUCCGCCGCAGGAAACAAGAGCUACUGCAUGACAUACAAAGGCUGAAGGAUGAGAUAGCAGAAGUGACCAGUGAGAUUGAAAACCUGGGCUUGACUGAAGAGAGGAAAAGUAUGCAGAGAAAUAAACAGGUGGCCAUGGGCCGCAAGAAGUUCAACAUGGACCCCAAAAAGGGGAUCAGAUUUUUGAUUGACAGCUCCCUGCUAAAGAACACCAGUGACGACAUCGCCCAGUUCCUCUACAAGGGGGAGGGGCUUAAUAAGACGGCUAUUGGUGACUAUCUCGGGGAGAGAGAUGACUUCAACAUUGAGGUUCUGCAUGCCUUCGUGGAGCUGCACGAGUUCACAGACCUGAACCUGGUUCAGGCCCUCAGGCAGUUCCUCUGGAGCUUCAGGCUGCCGGGCGAAGCACAGAAAAUCGACCGGAUGAUGGAGGCCUUCGCCCAGAGAUACUGUCACUGUAACCCCGGAGUGUUUCAGAGCACAGAUACCUGUUAUGUGUUGUCGUUUGCUGUGAUCAUGCUGAACACCAGUUUGCACAACCCCAAUGUGAAGGACAAGCCCUCCGUUCAGAGAUUCACCGCCAUGAACAGAGGCAUCAACGACGGAGGAGACCUGCCAGAGGAGCUGCUUAGGAACCUGUAUGAGAGCAUCAAGAAUGAGCCCUUCAAAAUCCCAGAGGAUGAUGGGAAUGACCUCACACACACCUUCUUCAACCCUGAUCGAGAGGGCUGGCUGCUCAAGCUAGGAGGUGGACGAGUUAAGACCUGGAAGAGACGCUGGUUUAUUCUCACUGAUAACUGCCUUUACUACUUUGAAUACACCACUGAUAAGGAACCCAGAGGGAUUAUUCCUCUGGAGAAUCUGAGCAUCAGAGAAGUGGACGACUCCAAAAAGCCGAAUUGUUUUGAGCUCUUCAUCCCCGACCACAAGGAUCAGGUGAUCAAGGCCUGCAAGACGGAGGCAGACGGCCGCGUUGUGGAGGGCAACCACACUUUCUACAGGAUCUCCGCCCCAACCGCAGAAGAAAAGGACGAAUGGAUCAACAGCAUCAAAGCGGCUAUAAGCAAAGACCCCUUCUAUGAGAUGCUGGCUGCCCGGAAAAAGAAGGUGUCCGCCCUGAAGGGACUGUAGAUGAUUCGGCGCGCAAGCAACAAGCAGUGGCUUAACUUAUCAAUGCAGCUAACAGGAUGUGGACCUGCACUGUGUGGACCUGUACAACUGGACCUGGACCUGGACCUGGAGUGGGAAUACUGAUGGCUCCACUGGUGCUCCUUCUCUAGGGCUCACUGUUUGGACCCGGCACAGAGGACUGAGCUCCUCCUCUGCACUGUUGUGCCGUCAGCUCUUGAACUCAGACUCACAGUACUCUGUGGCCCAAUGUGGAAUGUGUCAUUCCCCAUCUGCUGAUUAAAUCUCUCAGUCAUACGCCUAUUAUUAUUAUUAUUAUUUUUUUUUUUUUUACUUUUCUCAGAAGUCCCUGUCUGAGAUUUCCACUGUUGCAGUACUGUCACAAUGGUGCAUCAAGAAAACUUUAGUUGUUGUGAUCAUUGAAAUGUGUCUGCUUCACCUAUGAGCCAUUUCACACAGACUGAAUGUUUUGUCUGAGCUUGUUACACAGCUCCUCCAGUGGCAUGCAAGUUUCUUUGCAUGCCGCAUAGAGGAGCCAAAUAAAAUGUAAUGUACUUUUGUUAAAGUAGCUACAUACAAAAAAAAAAGGAUGGCCGCCAACAUUUGAUAAAAGGCUUACUGAGAGACAUGCGGAAAGAUAAAAUGCUGGACAUUACGACUCAUGCAGAACCACAUCAAAUAGUACAGAGUUUGAUUCAAACACAUUUCAAGAUCUCCUCAGACUCUAAUGCUUUCAGUUUGUUUACAAGCGGUCUCGUUGUUUGGAGCCAGUGUUUAGUUUCAGUUGCCAGAUGUUUUUUUUUUUGUUUGUUUUGUUUUUUUAGGCCUUUGCUUUCUUACUGCUGUUUUGCUCUGUCAAAAGUCUGUUUAUGGAAAUUAAGGUAACGCACAGUUAAAUAUUUAUUUAUCCAGAUUUCUUGUAAUUUAUCGUUUUGUCUCAUUAAAAGUGUGCAAGCCAGUGUUA